AUGGUUUCAAAGUUGGGUUUGAAAACUGAGAAGCACCCAACUCCAUAUAAGAUCGGAUGGAUCAAGCGGGGAACUGAGACACUAUUUGACGUGGAUGCCCAGCAGCAAGGAAGAGCCAAUGUCUACACUAUCUUUAGGGAUGGUCGGAAGAUAACAUUUCAACCCUUACAAGAAGUCGAAAAUUCUACUCAUUCCAAGGGAAAGCCGGUCCUCCUAUCCACUGGAUCAAAAUAUAUAGAAGAAGUUAAGGAGGCCCAAGACAUCAUAGCAUUGGUGACCGAGGGAACCCCGGGCUCCAUCUCACAAGAAGUUCCCGAGAUAAUGCGACUGAUGUUAGAAGAAUUUCAAGACAUCAUGUCUAAAGAGAUGCCCGAAGGACUGCCGCCCAUGAGAGAUAUCCUGCACUAUAUUGACUUAGUGCCAGGAGCAAGUCUCUCGAACUUGCCACAUUAUCGAAUGAGCCUAAAGGAGAAUGCUAUUUUGCAAGAGCAUGUAGAGGGGUUAAUUCGGAAGGGACACUUGUGA